AUUCUCCUGGCCUAACCCAAAUGGAACUAGCUGUCGACACUGACAACUGCGUCAACCGACAUGGUUUAUCGCGGAAAGCCAUCUAGAUCUUGCCGUGAGUGUAGAAGGCGCGAUAUCAAGUGCGACAAGAAGCCGAAUGGCUGCUCCCAGUGCUCGCGAGCCGCCAUACAAUGCUCGCGAUACCCAGAUCCCACGCAAUUAAUCAUCUAUGAUGAAACAAAAUCUACAAUCAACAAAAGGCAAAAACGCAAAGCUCCUCUCAACCGUUCAUCUCCCUUGCCCGAUCCUUUAUCAAUCGUUCUUCUUCCAUCAUGGGAAACCCGGGCAAAGCGCCUCUUUAUCUCGCAAUAUGUCACGGAUUCGCAUGAAACAAAUCUUUUCUCGUAUAUGCGAGUCUUCUAUCCUCCACAAGAGGGACAAUCGCCCCUGUUAGAAACGGUCAUCCGCUCCGUGUGGUUGGCCUUCUAUUCAUUUUCUCACCAGUCGCCUGUGGCUCUCCACGAUGCCCGGGUCAACUAUGGCUCAGCAUUGUUGCUUACCACCAACGCUAUUCAAUCGCCAGUGGAAGUUAAUGAAAAUAGAACCUUGAUGUCAUUAUUGCUGCUGACAGUAUACGAAAGACUCAUCAACUACGGAGAACGAAACCUAUCGCCGCCUUCCAACGCUCAUUUGCGAGGAGCUUUAGGCCUCGCAGUCUACCAAGGCGACAGUCAAUUCAGUGAUCCAAUCAGAAUAAACAUACUUCUAGGGCUUGUGGAACUGAUCAUCAUCGAAUGUCUUGCGCACGAACUAGAUAUGCCAUCUGAUCUGUUGAUGUUGAGCAGCAAGGUAUUUGGCAACGUGGUGGCUUCCGCUCCGAAGUGGCAGUUUUUGAAAGUUCUGCUCGAAUAUGCCCAGCUUAAAGAACGGCUGAGACUUGGAAUUUCUUCCGAGGCUGCGAUAUCCUGGGCUGAGCGUCUUGGGUGUGAGCUCGAAGGGCUGUCGCAGCAUCUGCGUCCAGUUACCUCUACAAGACAGAAUGGAAAGCGUUUACAUGCUUAUAUUGCUGAAUCAUCAGUAAGCUAUCCAGAUAACAAUACACGAAGAAGCUGGAACAAUCUUCGUGUACUUCGCAUGCUGUUGGCCGAUGUUAUACGUGAACAAUGUGCUGUAUCACUUGGGUCCUCCGAUAUAACUAGAACUACCGCCAUCAUCGAAAAACUCCACGAUUCGACACUUACUAUCAACACUCUUUGCUCAGAUAUCUACGCUUCUGCCUCUGAAAGUAGUACUGCCGUUUUGGCCUCCGAAAAUGUAUCAGAUUUGCAGACAAGCACACUCUUUUUCCAACUCUACGCUGCGAAUUCUUGUAGAGUGAUCUCGGACCAGCUACAAAAGCUACUACAGAAACGCCUGCAAUCUCUCAGCGUGGGACAAUUCUCUGGCGUUCGGAGACUCAUGACUCAGUUACUUCAAGAAACCGAUAACUGUCAACCAAACCUUUGGCAAGCGUGGCUUCGGCUUGGGAAAGAACGUUUCUCGAUUGACACCUCUAUCAUCUAACUAUCUAACAUAUACUCUU